AUGGCUCAAGUAGCUCAAUUAGGUAAACUGCCUCGUCAAAUCCUUCUGGCAUUCCGAGUCCUUCCAUCCGACAGAAAAAGUUCUUCCUUCCGACAGAAAAAAUUUUUCCCGACGACAAGAAAAAAUUUUCCCGACGACAGGAAAAAAUUUUCCAGUUGUCCGUCCGUAAACCAUUCAAAUUUUCGAAAAUUGAGAACUUUUUGGUCGAACUUCAGGAAAAGUUUUUCCUUCCAACAAAAAAAAUUUUUCCUUCCGACAGGAAAAGUUUUUCCCGACAACUGGAAAAGUUCUUCCUUCCGACAGGACACAAACGAAUGUCUCACGUCUCUCUUCCUGAAUGUCUUCCAAAGCCAGAAGAACCGACAGCCCCAGCACCACAACAGACUUACUAAGACUAAACACUUACAUUUUUCAAGCUUGACUUUUUACAAUUUGAACUUUGUUCGCGUAGAUAUGAAUUCUGAAAGAAGUAUGAGGGUCUUGUAUGACUUUGUACUUCUCCCAUAG